AUGGUGGACGCAAGACGCUCUCGAAUGGCCGUUGAGAGGGCUGCUCGGCAUCGGCAGCGUCCCCUGCUGGCGAAUCUGGCGCAUCUCCCGGAGGAUGCGCAGCGUCCGUCACUUUGGACAAUCUUCGUCCGGCUCAGAGGUCCGGCGACGCGGACUUUAGGUCUCAGGGUCAACGCUCUUCGAACUCUCGAUAUAGUCGCUCGUCCGCCCUAUCGAUCGAAUCCGUGGCGGCUCGAUGCUGCGCUGCUCGCACUCGGCAGCAGGAAGACUUCGGCGCGCCCACUGCUCCCCGCGGAUGCACGACCCGUCUCCGCCCAUAGUCGCCGCCCGCGUCGCACCUCCCCAACAUGCUUUCGAGUCCGACUGAGCAAUACGGCACGACGCGGAGCGUACCAUCACAGCUGUCGGGAUGUUCUGCACCGCCCAAAGUGCCGCCACGGUCGAUCGAGCCAAGUAGACGCCUGCCGUCGCCCCCCUCGCAGCCAUCCCACUAGGAUACUCCAGGCCUCCCUGCUUUCCCCUCCACGAUCGUCCGUCGCGUCCGACUGCCGUAGUAGGAGGGUGUCCGACUCUCGACCGUCCUCGAGCGCGACAUGUCUGCAUCUUCUGGACCGAAGCGCGAUGACCUUCCCCCUCCACGCCGCCCUCCCCCUCCAGCUUUGGUCUCUCCCCUCCAGCUCGGCCGUCGUCGUGCCGGAGUUUCUAUGCAGGUUCAAGACCGAGAGGAAGAAUCUAUUCGACGAGGUACGUGAGCUGCGUGCGCGCGUUUGGCAAAUUAUGAACAUUUCGACAGCUCGGCCCUCAAACAUCGGCGGCAGCGGCUCCAUGAGCAGCGACAGCGACCGCCGAGGAUCUUCAAGUGGAAGUGGGACUGUCGGUGGACGCAGAACAUCUCUCGCCGGUCCGAUCGUCGAGACCUGCUCGACACUGGCAGUUUCCCCUCCUGGCGAAUCUGGCGCAUUCACCGGAGAAUUCGCAACAUCCGUCACUGUCGACAGUCCUCGUCCGGCUCAGAGGUCCGCGACACGAACCAAAGGUCUCAACGUCAUAGGUGCGAGCGCGUCGUAG